AUGCAAAUGCCGAACAGUUCAAACGAAAACGAAACAAGUGGCUCGAGUGUAGCAUUACAAAAUAGAGAUAACAUGAGCGCUGGCACUGUGUCCUUGGAGCGUGAGCUGGCCAGCACGAGACGGCUCCUCUGGGGCGAUCAUGUGAAAGAAGACGUAUUCCGACGCUGGGCACAAGGGUUUCACUUCAGUCCCGAUGAGCCGAGUGCUCUCAUCCAGCAAGAGGGAGGGCCCUGCGCUGCCAUCGCCCCCGUACAAGGAUUUCUUCUUAAGAUUUUACUUUCAGAAACAGGCUGUGUGUUUUUGAUUUUAGGUCAGUGUCUAGCUACUAAGUACAAUGUUGCUGUGUAUCGCAAGAACGAUACAGAAGGACAAACAAGUUCCGGCCUUAAUGUUAGUGCUGAAGAACUGUCUUGUGAUGCUAUCGACCACUUUCAUAGACGGAUCGAGGUGCAUACAUUCAAAGCAAUAACGGAGGUGGAAGCAUUCUAUACUCGGAAUAUUCGGAUCUUGAAAGACAAGUAUGGAGUUUUAUUACUGUUGUAUAGUGUCAUCCUUAGCAAGGGUGUAGAAGCUGUGGAGAUGGAACUCUCAGAACUGUCCGACCCUCUCAUACAUUCUACAUAUGGAUAUGGUUCACAAGGACUCAUCAACCUAAUGCUUACCGGCAGAGCCGUAGCACAUGUGUGGGACCAUGAACAGGUGGUCGGAGGAUUGCGUCUGAGGGGUAUUGAGAACCAGAAUGACAUUGGCUUUCUGACUAUAAUGGAGCACAUGCAGUAUUGUACAGUUGGCUCAUUUUAUAAAAAUCCUAAACAUCCUGUGUGGGUGCUGGCUUCUGAAACACAUCUGACAGUUCUAUUCUCCUUUGAAAGGAGGCUUGCGGCUCCAGAGACGGCCGGGGAGUCAGCUGAGCGUAUCUUUAGAUCUUUCGAUCCUGAAGGAAAUAAUUUUAUACCAUCAGCAGCCCUGCAAGAUGUACUCUGUGCAGCUGACUUGGUUAGUGAACCAGAAUACGUGGAAUUGAUGAGACGAAAACUAGAUUCUGAGAAUUUAGGUAUUAUUUUACUGAGUGCUUUUAUGGACGAGUUCUUUCCGGGAUCAGAAAGAGGCGCCCCCGACACGUUCACUCUACAUCAUUACAAUGGGUUGUCCCGUAGCAACCCAGGCGGGCGGGUAGUGUACCGCACCGGCCGGGCGGCGCUGCUGGAGUGUCCCAUGAGAGCGGCCACUACGGACCCCAUGCUCACCUGUCUACAGACCAAGUGGCCCAGUAUCGAUGUGGUGUGGGACGAGGGCCAAUCGCCCUCUCUGAACUGA